UCUGAUUGGUUAGUUGCAUGUUGAUAAUGUGUUUAUAAAGGACACAUCUCACUGCUGUUUGAAUAUCAUACCUGCUUCAGAGGACUCACUGAGGUGAUUUACUGCAAAGCCAUCCAAGGUUAUCAAGAAUCAUGAAAUCUUUCUUUAUUGUUGCCUGUGUCAUCGGACUCUGCUGUGUUGCGCUGGCAGAUGAUGAGCAACACAGAGAGAAGCGAAGCAAUUCAAUAGAGAAUUUCUACAGACCAUACCAACAUCCGCGUCCCCUUCCAUAUCCAUAUCCGUCUCCUUUCGCACCAGCACCAGCACCAGCACCUGCACCUGCACCUGCACCUGCACCAGCACCACCCCAAAACAAUCCCCUCCUCAACAUCUUGCAAUUACUGCUAGCACAACUGGCAGCCGGCACAGCCCCAGCACCUGCACCUGCUCCGGCCCCUGCUCCUGCUCCAGCUCCAACUCCCCCUUGAGGGAGAUGAGUCACUAGUUAAAGUGGAGGAUGUGUCUAUGAAUCCAUAUUAUAAUGUGU